AUGAAUACUACUAGAAGAAUUCGACUUUGCCGUAUUAAGAAGCGUAAAAUAACCGGAAAUUUUUCUAAAAAACUACGACGACGUUCAAAAAGUUUGAAUGAUCUGAGCCGUUCAAAGCUCCAGACAAAAUUUCGUCUCUAUUUAGAGACGGUCAAACAGAGAAAUGAAUAUAUUAAAGAAUUAGAACAAGAAAUGGAGGAGGAGGAGGAGGAAAUGGAGCAGGAGCUCCAGGCAGAGCAGCAAGUUGAACAACAAAUGGAGCAGGAGCUCCAGGUAGAGCAGCAAGUUGAACAACAAAUGGAGAUUGAGCCUCAAGCUCAUGAGAAUAUGGAAGUUGAUCCCCAGCCAAAUGCUGGUACAAUUAGUAUAUUAGUGAAAAAAGGAAACAACACAUUCUUCAAAUUCUACGAGUCGCAAACAUGUAUAUGUUGUGACCGUCCUGCGACUAUCAUCAGAUUAUGCGGUCAUAUUUAUCUAUGUUUCGCAUGCUGCGCUCGACAACAUAAAAUCCGCAUUAAGGAUAUAGAAGAAGGGAAGAGUGUUGAUGAUUUGAAAUGCGCUAUAUGUGGAGUUGAAGGAGAAUUUUACGUUGUUUCAAGUGGAUUUAAUUUUGCCUUUGAAUAA